AUGUCCAACUUGUUCUCUUUCCAGCCCCCCGCCAAGAACGAGCUCGGUCGCUACCGCAGCCCGCGACUCGCGAGACUGAUUUUGUUACUCGCGUCAGUACGCGUGUCCCCGAUCUGCCUGGGUACGAUGGGCCUCGGCCAGGCGCAUGCCGAGUUCUUCGGCGGCGGUACGCUUCCGCUCCACAUUCAACCGGGUCGCUUCCUCGACGUGUUCUACGACCAGGGAGGCAACUUCCUCGACUCCGCGAACAACUACCAGAAUGGCGAGAGCGAAAAGAUCAUCGGCGAGUGGAUGAAGGCUCGCGACAACCGCGACCAGAUGGUCGUCGCCACCAAAUACACCUUCGACUUCAAACACGCAGACGAGAAGACGAAGCUCAAGGUCAACUACCAGGGCAACCACAAGAAGAGCUUGGUGCACUCGUUCGAGGCGAGUCUCAAGAACUUGCAGACCUCGUAUAUCGAUCUUUUCUAUCUGCACAUGUGGGACUACACAACCUCUAUCCCGGAGGUCAUGCAAGCUCUCGACGUCCUCGUCAAGCAGGGCAAGGUCCUCUACCUCGGUAUCUCCGACACGCCAGCGUGGAUCGUGACGAAGUGCAACGACUACGCCCGCAAACACGGUCUAGCCCAGUUUGUCGUCUACCAGGGCCAGUGGAACCUCAUCCUGCGCGACCUCGAGCGCGAGAUCCUCCCGAUGUGCCGCGCCGAGGGCAUGGCCCUCGCCCCGUACGGCGUCAUCGGCGGCGGCCGGUUCAAGACCGAGGACGAGAUCAACGCCCGCGGCGGCGCGCUCCGCUUCGGGGCCCCGCAGACGGACAAGGAGAAGCGCGUCUCCGCCGCGCUCGCCCGGGUCGCGAAGGAGGUCGGGGGCGGCGCGAGCGUCGCGAGCGUCGCGCUCGCGUGGGCGGUCUCGAAGGCGCCGUACGUGUACCCGAUCGUCGGCGGGCGGAAGCCGGCACAGCUGCAAGAGUGCAUCGAGGCGCUGAGCAUCACGCUCACUCCGGCGCAGAUCGAGGAGCUCGAGAGGGCGGUGCCGUUCGAGUACGGCUUCCCGUACAAGCUCUUCGGGCGCGACCCGGCGGUCACCGACGGCACGGGCAGCAUCUUCGUCCAGAUGGCCGGCCACACCAAGUUCGUGCUCGCGCAGAAGCCGGUGGCGCCGGGCCCAGUCAAGACGGAGGUGUAA